AUGAAACCAAAUACAUAUUCUAUCGUGCCAGACACCGUGGAAGCUGAAGGAACAAGCGAGACGCUCGAUGACUUCCGAAAAGAAUUUUCCAUUGAUCAGCAAGCACAGAUUCGUCUUGUCAAGGUUGCCCAUAUGCGUUACAGACACCCUGACCUGGAGGAAAUAACCAGCUUCAUGGAGGACUUUGGGAUGAUUGUUACCAAGAAGUCUGAAGACAAAGUAUGGUUCCGAGGAUAUAGUAGUGAUCAAUACGUCUACUAUGCCGAGAAAGGUGAACGACAGUUUCUUGGAGGAACUUUUGAGGUUGAGUCCUUUGCCGACCUAGAAAAGGCUGCUAAGCUCUCUGGUGCUACUGAAAUUCAAGAACUCGUUGAAGCUCCCGGAGGUGGCCAUCUCGUUACUGUAUAUGAUCCUCUCGGUUUUCCUGUCAACUUGAUGUAUGGCCAAACUCCUGCAGAAGUCCCAGAGCCUCCAACCCAGCCAGUUGUCAACUUUGUAGCUGAAAAAUCAAGAAAGAGAGCCUUCCAACGGUUUCAGCCCGGUCCAGCUGCUGUACACAAAUUAGGUCACUUUGGCAUGUCCGUUACAGACUUCCCAUCACAACUCAAGUUUUACGUGACCAACUUCAAUAUCGUUCCAACUGAUUACCUCUAUGUCGAACAUGGUGGUCAGAAGAUCAGAGCAUCCGUCUUUGCUCGUAUUGAUAGAGGUGAAGAUUACGUUGACCAUCACACCUUCUUCCUCUCUCAUGGUGCAUCCAAUCACGUUCAUCACUGCUCCUUCGAAGUACAAGAUUACGAUGCACAACAAUUGGGUCACCAGUGGUUGGCCAAGAAGGGUUACAAGUCUGUCUGGGGUAUUGGUAGACAUAUUCUUGGAUCUCAAAUCUUUGAUUACUGGUGGGACACGACUGGCAACAUGGUUGAGCACUAUGCUGAUGGCGAUGUUGUUAACAACAAGACUCCUAUAAACUAUGUAGCAGCUGGAGAUGAAUCUCUUGCAGUUUGGGGUCCUGAGCUUCCCAAGAUCUUCCUCUCAUAA